UUGGGGAAUAGUUUUACAAUAUUGUGAAAGUAAGGCUUUUUAUUCUGUUUAGUGUUAAUGCACUCUUUUCUUCCAAUCCAAGACAAUUUUUCAGUUAGUAUUUACAGCCUGGAAGCCAAAAAGUGAAUCUUAACAAUAUGAAGCUGACCGUGAAGAUGUGAAACUGCCUGUCAUAGACCUAUACACUCUUUUAUUUGGCUUCAGGGGGACUCUGCUGAUGUGAAACAGUCUGCAGGAUUGGUUUAUUUUGUUAGUUCAGGGUGAGAUAACUGAAGAUGAUUAAGACAGAAUGCAAGUGUUGCAAAGGCAACUAAAUUUUAAGAACAGUUCCACUGCUAAGCACAGCUUUAUGGUACGGAUUUAGUUAACCGAAAAAAUGUUACUUAGCUUUUGUCCUGUGGAUUUUGGUACAAGUGGGUUUGUACUUCUGUAGGAGUCCUGUUAACUUCUGUGCAUCCUAGAUUUUAUUUUAACAUAUAUUCCUCAUUAAAUCUUUUGUCAUUAUUUUAGAUUAUUUUUUUCCUCUGUAUUUUUCCUGCCUGCCUUUUAUCCCCUAGCAGUAUUUGAAUUUGUUUCAGUCACAUUUGACAACUGAACUGGGAUCUCAAAGAUAAUUUGCAAAUUUUGUGAAAAUUAGUGGUUAGGGAAAGGAGGGGGACUGCAAUUAAUAUCCCUACUGAGGGAUAGGCAGUUAUAUGUUCAUACUUUUAUCUGUUCUGGAGACAUCAGCCAAAUGAUCUAUCCAUGAUAGCUGUUGUGGCUAUUACUAACAAUGUCGUGUGCUAAAAGUACUAUGCAUAUUUUUGUUUGCUGUGAUUAUCUAACAUAAGGCAAAGAUGCUAUUUGUUUUCGGAGUCACAGUCCCUUGGGAAGGGUUAUGUGAAUAGUAAGCUAGCAGCAGCAUAAUGCUCUGUGAGUUGUGAGCCAUCGUAUCUGCUGGGAUUACAGUCUCAGAACACUUAUCAUUAGGAGAGUAUUUUCUGAAAAGCGUGUAAGCCCCAUCUGUUUCAAUUCAAAGUUACUGUAUAAAAUAAUCUAUUUGGAUAUUUAUUAAUAUUACAUUUUGAUUAGUGUUUUAUCAUUAUUUGAAAUUUGCAGUAAGGAUCUGAUUUAAGGUCUGGAAGCCCAGGCUUCUGAGUUACUAUCCACUCAUUGUGCAAAGGCUGACAAGAACUCAGUAAGCAUUUUAACUUGGAUAUGAUCUUUGCCUAAACAUAGCUUUAUGCUGUGCCAGUGCGCAACUGGAAGACUAGCCAAAAAGAAACAAGUAAUGAAAAGCCUUAUAAAGUGCCAUUCAUAUGGAUAGGCUUGGUGUUCCUUGGCAAGUGAUGCAGAAGGUGGGGUUAGGACUCUGAGCUACUCAGCUAUUGUUCUUUGUGGGAUGUGGAGAGAAAUUGAUAGUGCUAGAGGAUGUUUCCCAGUGUUUAAAUGUGAGAGACUUGUUGUUUCUUUUUCGUACAUGAUGUAUAAAAUUGCCAGAUGGUGUUUUGACAUCAUACUUCUGAUUUUUGUUUGUUUUUUUCUGUUCCCAUAUCAGUAUUGGUGGGACUAAUAGACUUAGAAAACUGAAAGAUGAAUCUUGGUAGUAUCUCUCACUCCUAGUACCUUCAGUUAAUGGUAUAGUACGUUUCAUAGUGAUGUUUCCAUCAGCAGAAUUGUGGCUCUGUGUUGAUGUCUCAAUUAUAAAGUUCAAGUAACGUCCUAUUACUUUCAAAAUUGUAAUUUUGCCAAAUAAGGCAAGAUAAAGGCAGGGGUUUAAGGCUGCUGUAGAAGAAUGUUGAAGUGUAGCUGAAGCACGGAUUACAAAAGGCUAGUGACCUUUUAGUCACUAGCCGUGAGUAUUGUGCUCCUUGCAGUAUUGGAAAAGAAAGAAAGCAAGAACCAAACCUAGACUACAGGGGAAUUCAGCUUUAUUCAAAAUGUGUGAUUAGCUUACAUAGCAUAGAUCACGUUUGUUCCUUGUAACAGAACUGAUGUAAAGCAUAGGAAAUACUAGCAACAAAGCAAGAAAGUUCUUAUUAUGUCUAGCAUUCUGUUGUUUGUGCAAUCAGGACAAAGGGUCUGAUAGAUAAUGUGAUAUAUCUAUUAUUUGUAAAGAGAGCUUCAGGACUACUCUCCUGCAAUAAAUUUUACCUUAUCUGACACGAAUGUAAUAUUCUUAUAUAUACUAUAAAGAUUUUGCUUAAGGGAAGACAUAUAACUAUGUCUCUGGACAGGCUCUCUAGAGUCAGGAAAAUUGGUUUAUUUUACCUUGAUUUACUUUGAUUACAGUGUGAUCUGUGAGGUGGUGACUUACAAAUUUGAUAAUUUGGCUAGAGUAAAUGCUGUUAUCUUACUACCAUGCUUCAUUUUUCUGAUAACAGACUUAUUUUUUCUAACCUUUGAGAUUUCAUCUUCUGCUUCCGGUAACAGUUAAGAGUUGCCUAUAUGCUUCCUAUAAAGUGCCUCUGGUGUAAGAGGGAAUGUGGGGAACAUGCCCAGUUACAUCCAAACACAAGCUGUCCCUUUCUGAUAGGAAGUCAAGACAAGUGUUUGUGUGUAGCUUAAAAGAACUGUCUCUUGGAGGAGAAUGGAGACUGCAAACAAGCAAUCUCAAAAGGAUACAGAAAUCAAAUGGAUUAUGUUCUGUGCUUUCAGACCAAAGGCUAAAUCUUGAAAACAUGAUUCCCGCAACUAUUCACAAUGUCCUGAGUGCUCUGUAUUUAUGCUGCCACAGAAAGAACUGGUUACACUUGGAGGAGAAACACAAGAAACACUAAGGACUGAAAUGCGCUUGCAGCUAAAGUUUCCUCGUCAUGAAUAGGUACACAACUAUCAGACAGCUUGGUGAUGGGACCUACGGCUCUGUCCUUCUAGGGAGAAGCAUUGAAUCCGGGGAGCUAAUAGCCAUUAAAAAAAUGAAGAGAAAGUUUUACUCCUGGGAGGAAUGCAUGAACCUUCGAGAGGUUAAGUCUUUGAAGAAAUUAAACCAUGCCAAUGUAGUAAAGCUGAAAGAAGUAAUCAGGGAAAAUGAUCAUCUCUAUUUUGUGUUUGAAUAUAUGAAGGAAAACCUUUAUCAGUUAAUGAAAGAAAGAAACAAACUGUUUCCAGAGUCUACAGUUAGAAACAUUAUGUAUCAGAUUCUGCAAGGACUUGCGUUUAUCCAUAAGCAUGGGUUCUUUCACAGAGACUUGAAACCUGAAAACCUCCUUUGCAUGGGACCAGAACUCGUGAAAAUAGCAGACUUUGGCUUAGCCAGAGAAAUCCGAUCUAGACCUCCUUACACUGAUUAUGUAUCCACAAGAUGGUACAGGGCUCCUGAAGUCCUUCUAAGAUCCACCAGCUAUAGCUCCCCAAUAGAUAUCUGGGCGGUUGGUUGUAUAAUGGCAGAAGUUUAUACACUGAGGCCUCUCUUCCCAGGCGCCAGUGAAAUUGAUACUAUAUUCAAGAUUUGCCAAGUUUUGGGAACACCAAAGAAGAACGACUGGCCUGAAGGCUACCAACUUGCAUCCUCCAUGAAUUUUCGCUGGCCUCAAUGUGUACCUAACAACCUAAAAACCCUCAUACCUAAUGCCAGCAGUGAAGCAGUGCAGCUCAUGAGAGACAUGCUGCAAUGGGACCCCAAAAAGCGGCCAACAGCUAGUCAGGCACUUCGAUACCCGUACUUCCAAGUUGGACAUUCCCUGGGCAUUCAGGAACUGGGGAAACAGAAGGAACUCCAUGAUAAAUCGGCUCUGCAUCAUGUUAAACCUGUCCCUCCAGCACAACCCCCUCCAAAACCCCACACACGUGUUUCUUCAAGGCCAUAUCAGCAAAGCCAGCCUUCUCAGCAUUUGAUGUAUCCAUAUAAGAUGGACACCUCUGGAGCUGAUCACAGUAGCCAUUUACGAGAGGACAAGUCGAACCAGGUGCUGCUGCCUGCAAUUCACAGUAAGGUCCCUCAACAGAAAAUAUCUGAUGGUGAUGAGAACAUAAAUAGUGAACUUCAGCCAAAAACUAGGCGAAGAUGGGGGCAUUUUGCUAGAACAGUGAAGAGUUCUGAAGCCUGGGAUGAUUUGGAAGAUCUUGAUUUCAACUCUUCCCUCAUGAGAGCUGACUUGAAAAACAAGAAGAGGCAGAGUGAUGAAACUCUUUGUAGAUUUGAAAGCAUUUUGGAUCUGAAGCCUUCGGAUGCUGUAGGUUCUGGCAACAGUGCACCUUCGCAUGCUACCUUUCCAAGCCAGGACACUCCCACAUUGCGAGUUUCUGCAGCAAAGCAGCACUACCUGAGACAUUCUAGGUAUCUUCCUGGAAUAAGCACAAGGAAUAGCAUAGUGUCCACUUCAAGCAAAGAGUCUGUUCCAUCUAAUCCCUGGCCUGGUUCUGGUUUCCCUGGGAAACCUUCAGGUUUGGGAGGAAGUAUCAACAGGAUGAAUUCGGGGCCCAUAGGAUCAAGCAGUCUAACUAGUGGUUAUAUCCCUUCAUUUCUGAAGAAGGAAGUAGGCUCUGCUGGGCAGAGGGUUCAGUUAGCGCCAAUUGUGGAUCCAUCUUCUAAUUAUGCUGCUUUGAAGUCAGUAGGACCCCAUCUUGGACAACCAUCAUUUAAUUCACCUUCAAAAAGCACACAAAGGUUAAUGCCUCUUCCACCACCAGCUCAGCAAAUCCAUGGACGUAUUGACUGGUCUUCAAAGUAUGGUGCUCACCGGUGACAUAUGGAAAUACUUUCUGAACCUGUGCAUAUUUCCCAUGAAAUGGUGACUAACAUGAAACAAUUUGAUAUCAUUUUGUAAACCUGUAAAUUUAAAAGAAACAGAUCCUCUAUGAGUGAGACACUUUGAAGUUUUUAUUUUUAUUUCUAUUAAUUUGAAUUCAGUCUUGUACCUUUUUGUAUAAAAUUGUUAUAUAAUUGGGUCCAAUUAUUUUCAUAAAUCUGAUACAUUUUGUAUAUAUGGCUUCGGGGGAGGCGUUUUUAUAUGAUGAACUUUUAUAAUGAACUUUUAAAAUUUUAACUUUUCCUUUAUUAGAUUCAAUUUUUUUAUGAAAGUGGGUAGAAAAAGCAAAGCGGUGCAAUAUUGCAGUGAAAGAGCAGUUUUGAGGAAGGGGCAUUCAUCAGACAUUUUCUGAAGGUUGUGCUGAAUGUGGCAUUACUGAAGUUAUUACUUCUUCAUCUUGAUGCCAUGCUGCUGUUGUCAUCUACUCAUUUGCUUCAUACUGACAUCAGGGGAAUGACUGAAAGUACUUUCCUUUCCUUUGCAGUCAGUGGGAGACUGAUGAAAGUCCCAAGUCAAUGGAAGACUCUUUUUGGUAUUUAUUUUUGCCUUUACGAGGCUCAUGUUGGACUGCUCUCUAGCUUUCCAGCUCCAUUCUCGGUUCCCAUUGAGGGUUAAUGGAAAUUUGGCCUGCACGCGAGCAGCAGAAACAGACUAGACUGUUGUAUUGGCUGCAUCCAGCCUGUGUUUCGCUUUUGCCAAACUGGGGGGACUCUUCUGUUUGACGGGUAUUCAAGAGAUCUGUUUUCUGACACAGCAUUUAUUUGUCCUGCUUCAGAGUUGCUUCUUGGCAUUGUUCACCAUGAAAUAGAAUGGGGAUCCACUUGUGUGAAAUUUAUUUUAAACUUCCUAAUGAGAAGAAAAACAGAUUCUGCCUUUUUUUCUUCCCUUGGUAGGGAAUAUAGGAUCUUAAGACAUAUUUAACACAGUAUUGACUAUGACAAAGCUGGUUGCCUAGACAGAGUAACAGAGUGUUAGUGAUAGCCAGCAGCAGAGUUUAAGGAAACAGUGAGUAUGCAGCUGACUUGAUUUUCAAAAGGUGCCCCCUCCCUACCCUCUGCUGCUGCAAAUUAGUAAGCUUAAGCUUACUUCAGUUCUUUUUCACUUCAGAGCUUCGCUUGCAAUAGGUGAAUAUGCCCGUUUCCAUAAAUUAGGUCCCAGUUCUCCACUGGGGAAAAAAAAGUGAGCCCUUACCACGCUCCUGCUAAUAACCAUUCUAAAAUUGAAUUCAGUUGAUUUCACUGAAACUGAUGCAGUUCUUUGAAGGGAGAAGUAAGUAACUGGCUUUAAAAGAGAAAAGGAAUUAGAAGGUAAUAGACCAUAGGAUAUGGCCCUGCAGGCUGAGUUUCUUCUGCCCUGGAAAGGGUGCCAGAGUUCAGCCACUGGCAAAGAGUAAAUUUAGAUCACAGUCAGCAUUUGGGUAUUCUUGCACCUCCUCCCAUAGAAAAUUAAGCCUGUGGAUAAAACUGACUCAGUGCUGUGGAGGAGCAUCUACUCUUACAGCUGUGUUUUGAAACAGCACAGCAUAACUGUAGUGUGUAAAUAACCCUUCCUGCAGAAGUUUUCAGGAGUGCUUUUUGGAAACCUCGUCCGAGUUCCCUUUUAUAAACAAAUCGGACAAAUCUUAGAUCUGUGGGAUGGGGCAGAUACAAUUCUCUGUGCCUGGCUGCUCUGCGGGGGCUAGGGGGCAAGUCUGAUGGUGAGAUCCUCCUGGUGGGAUCUGUCUACACGUGCAAGUGGCAGCCUCUUGCUUGCAUGGCCACCACAGCAAGUAGUGAUCCCCUGUACAUAGGAGAAAAAGAGCGGAAGGGUCUAUGCGGUAAGAGAAACGUGCGUAUAGGAUUUGUACGUGCCAAGGGUAUGUCGUGUGUCCACCUUCCCAACUUACUUAACUGUAACAAAUACUAAUUCCAAACUACAUGUAACUGCCUCCAAAGCAGUGUUGCCGCUGUGUAGCAAUAAACUAAAGCAGCAAUUUUGAACUCUAAAGCACACACUAACAGUGUAUUUAGGCAAGCGGAGAGGGAAAUCUGUAUCUUUGUGUUAGAACCAGACGGAUACUUAUUUCCACCAGGAGAAAAACUAUCUAGAUUUAUGUCUAUAUUAUUUCCUCAUUGGAGAUCUUGGUCCCAAGCAGAAAAAAUCCUGAUGCUGUCAUUGCUUAAAUUACCUACUGUAGGAAUUAUCUGCUUAGGUCAGUCUGUUUCAUGCACUUAACUCCUACUAAUGGAAGCAGGAGACAAGUCAUAAGGCUGUUGCUGUGGCUUGGAUUCCUCCUGGCAGGCGCAAGCCUCUUCGUUGUGAGCUGUCCGUCUGGGCAGAGGUGAGGGAGUGAGAAUCGCCCCAUGAGAGAUUCAGCUCACCUGAGGGCAGCCCUCUGGAGGUGCCUGGGCAAUUCUGCUAAUUUUUUCUUAUUUCUGCUAAGUCCAUGAAAUAGUUCCUAUCAUUAAAGUAAUAGAGGAUGAGUCUGGGCUUGACCUGAACUUUCUGAACCUUAAUCAACCCUGUAGUGAUUUCCUUGCAUAUAGCAUUCAGGUUUUGGAUUAGUUCAGUGAGGGGAUUAAAAAAAAUAGUAGUAGAAAGUUGUUCAAUAUAUCUUCUCCUUUCCCAAAUUAAAAACUUUGGAAAGAAGCGAAUAGCCUUGUCAUUCAAAAUCACAUGUUCUAGUUUUAACUUUGAUUUGAUGUGAGAGAAAAACUGCAGAGUGGGAAGUGUGAUGACAACACUCUUAGUGCUCUUUCUGCUCAAGCAGAUUCCUGAUGAAAUGGAAGAAAGUCCUGUUUGAAUGAGGACUAGCUUGACUACGUAUUUUAAUGAUGUGCUUUGUCAGUGUGCAAUAUAGCUGGAAAAGGCAUUAGACUUCUGUACUGAAAUCUGGACAAAAGCAGCGUAUCUGAGAAUUUCUCAUAUGCAACGUACUACUUUGUCUUAAGAUUCAGCAGCAUCUUUAUGCAAAAUAUUUUUAAAAACCUGUUGUUUACAUUUUCUCGGGCUAUGCGUAGCAUUUAAUGACUGUUGGAAAUGAAGGAGCCUGGUAGUGGACUCAUGCCCCUCUAUAAUCCAGUUUUCUUAAGUCUUGUGUAAGUAAGUGCCAUGAUGUUAGCCAAAAAAAGAACCCCGGAAAACCCAUUUCCAUGGUAUUUCGUUAUCAUCUAGUCUAGCCUGGUAAGGUUGUUGAUGUGAAGAGGAUGACCCGUGAAGUGGGGAGGAAAAUGUUUUUUGAAAGGACAUCUCUGAGCUUAUGUGGAAAGAGAAGAUGAAAUUGUCAUGGCGAAAAAGAUCGUAAAGAAAUAACGGUUCUUGUUUAUUCAGUGUUCUUGUUCAGAAAUGUUAUAAAUGUUUAUUUCAGUACUUCUGUCAAGUCUCUUGCCCAAAAUAAAAGUUACUCUUGAAGAAA